AUGGCUUUCUUAACUUUCGCCUUGUCUCUCUAUCAACUCUCCUUCAUCCUCCUCCUCCAAACAGUUUUUGGAGCAGAUCCCAUCUUCCAUAUAUGUUCAACCUCUGACAACUUCACAAGGAACGAUCCAUACGACAUAAAUUUGAGAAUUCUCCUGGGCUAUCUUUCCUUCGAAACUCCUCCCACAGGUUACAGUUUUAGCUCAAUGGGUGAGAGCCAAUCUCAAGUAUUUGGGCUUGCCCUCUGCCGCGGAGACGUCUCAUAUGUAGACUGUGCCAGCUGUGUUAUCGAGGCAAGUAACAAAGUUCGAGAUUACUGUUCUUAUAAUAAAAAUGGAAUUAUAUGGUACGAGAAUUGUCUGGUAAAGUACGCAAAUAAUAGUUUCUUUGGAAAGAUUGAUUAUGAAAAUAUGGUUUAUGCUUGGGCGGUUCAAAAUGCAAGUGAUCCCUCGUCGUUUAAUCCCAAGGUAAGAAACUUGCUAACAGAACUGGCCAAUCAAGCUUCCGGGAGCCGGAAGAUGUACAAGGCCGGAAGCUUGGAGAUCGGAGAAGGGAGGAGAGUGUAUGGGUUGACUCAAUGCACCAGAGACAUUUCUGGAAGUGAUUGUAAAGUGUGUCUUGAGGAAGAAAUCAGGCGACAGCCAGAUUGCUGUGAUGGGAAACAAGGAGGAAGGAUUAUGAGUGGGAGUUGCUACUUCAGAUACGAUGUUUCCCCGUUUGUCAAUGAAUCGAUGCUUAAUAUGGGGAGACCAUAUCUUUCGCCGUUUGUGAAUGACUCGAUGCUUAAUACGGGGGAACCAUAUCUUUCCCCGUUUGUCAGUGACCCAAUGCGGAAUAUGGGGGAACGGACGGUCACUCUCCCUUCGUAUCUCGUUGCAUAUAUAUUAUAUUAUAUAUUUUGUAAGUAA